AUGAACACGGCUCAGCACGAAUCCACGCAAGCUUCCGCCGCGGAGAUAAACUUCGGGCGCAAUCCAGCAGCGCCACAGCAGAUACGCUCCGAAGGGGCAGUACCUGAAGAGCACCCCGCAACACCUCCAGCCAUCACCGAGUUAUGGACAGAGAUAAAGGGGCACCUCACCGCAGCAGCCAAGCAGCAGAAAAAAUAUUACGACCUGCGCAGACGGCCGUGGAAACCUAAGGUGGGAGAGAAGGUUAUGAAGCGAGAUCAACCACUCUCCUCUGCUGCCGACAACUAUGCACAGAAGCUUGCUCCAAAAUUCUCAGGCCCAUACAUAAUUGCCAAGUACAUAUCUACCAACACGGUGAAACUCAGCAACCCCGAGCGGCCCGACAAACAACAAGCGCAUGCACACCUGCAGGACCUAAAACCAUUCACCGCAUAA